AUGAGGCACCAAUUAUCAUCCUGCCUUUCCCUCCUCCUCGCCGUCGCUGGCACACGCGGGUUCGUCGUGCCCCAGGGCCUCCCCGAUGGCGUGUACCUCUUCGAUUUCGACCCCGAGUCCGGCAGCAUCAUCAACGAGCCGCAGCUCCUAAAAUACCUGACCCCCGCGGCGAGUCCCCGUCCUCCUCUCCACUCGCCAGGAGGAGGACCCGAAGCCCCUCCCGAACCCGGAACCCUUUUGCGGCGAGACGUACCUCAACCGCGAGGAUUUCGACGUCGCCAAGACCCAGUUUGGUGGUAUUUGCCAAAGGACACGCAGUACCCCGUCAACCAGGCCGUCGUGAUUACGUACGGAAGCGCCAUGGCAUACAUGUGUAACUGGGACUCCUUUACAAACCGGUGCUGGACCAAGGAGUACGAGGAGGCGUCUGGCAUCAUUGAUGUCGCUUGCCAAAACUCGCUUACGGGCACAGUUUACGUGGAUCGGUGGAAGAAGACGUAUGGUCGAGAUGUGGCGGGGGCCGAUAUUUGCCUCGGACCUCCCGCGCCUGCUGUUGAAUCGUGA